UUCUUUUGCAUUUUGAAGCUAACAAAUUGUUAGGCGAAGUGACGGGCACGCAAUCCGUGGCGUUGCCGCCGGGUCGCUGGGCUGCCCAUUGGCAGAUAGCAGAUCGGCAACGAUGUCUAACUGCUUUACAGCAUACGAAAUCGAAAUAGAAUUCGAAAUCGAUAUCGAAAAUAAAUCCAAAUAUUCAUCGAUAAUGCAUAUACCAUUCAAUCGCACAUAAAUCGGAGUAACGGAUAUCAUAAUUCAAAUCGCUUACUCUUAGUUAUAACAAAAUAACUGUAUCAAAAUGAUGCUAACUACGGAACAUAUUAUGCACGGACAUCAUCCGCACUCAUCGGUCGGCGUCGGUGUGGGUCAAAGUGCGUUAUUUGGCUGCUCGACUGCGGGUCACAGUGGCAUCAAUCAGCUGGGCGGCGUCUAUGUUAAUGGCAGACCCUUGCCCGACUCCACACGUCAAAAAAUCGUCGAGCUGGCUCAUUCCGGUGCACGCCCAUGUGAUAUAUCACGAAUACUUCAAGUAUCCAACGGAUGCGUCAGCAAAAUCUUGGGCAGAUAUUAUGAAACAGGAUCAAUUAAGCCUCGAGCAAUAGGCGGUUCAAAGCCCCGAGUGGCUACCACGCCCGUCGUACAAAAGAUUGCCGAUUACAAAAGGGAAUGUCCAAGUAUAUUUGCAUGGGAAAUUCGGGACCGACUCCUGUCCGAGCAAGUAUGCAAUAGUGAUAAUAUUCCAAGCGUUUCAUCUAUUAAUCGGGUGCUGCGUAAUUUGGCAUCGCAGAAGGAGCAGCAGGCGCAACAACAAAAUGAAUCUGUCUAUGAAAAGCUAAGAAUGUUCAAUGGACAAUCAGGCGGCUGGGCCUGGUAUCCGGGAAAUACAACGACAGCACAUUUAACAUUACCACCAACGCCCACAGCAGUACCCACUAAUCUAUCUGGACAGAUAACCAGAGAUGAGAUUCAAAAGCGAGAUCUAUAUCCUGGCGAUCUCUCCCACCCCAACUCCCAUGAGAGCACCUCGGAUGGCAAUUCCGAUCACAAUUCAUCCGGCGAUGAGGAUUCCCAAAUGCGUCUGCGACUGAAGCGCAAAUUGCAGCGUAAUCGGACUUCAUUUACCAACGAGCAAAUCGACAGCUUGGAGAAAGAAUUCGAACGGACGCACUAUCCGGAUGUCUUCGCACGGGAGAGGCUUGCAGAAAAAAUUGGUUUGCCAGAGGCACGUAUUCAGGUGUGGUUCUCCAAUCGGCGGGCCAAAUGGCGACGAGAAGAGAAGCUGCGCACCCAAAGGCGAUCGGUGGAUAAUGUGGGCGGCGGAGCUGUGAUUAGCGGUCGUACAAGCUCCAAUAAUCUCACCUCUGGCAGCUCGGCACCUGCCAAUGGCACUGCGGCAAACAGUUCGACGCCCAGCAUCGGCAGCUCGGCCGUAUCAGACGGCACAACAGUAGCAGCACAUGCAACUGGCAACAACAACAACAACAGUCUAACCGAAACUUCUAGUGGGCCAACAAUACACGGAGGCGAGGCCGGCAGUAAUGCUCAUAACAACUCCGAGAGCCCACCUUUGCAAGCCGUGGCACCCCGUCUACCUUUAAACACCGGUUUCAACACAAUGUACUCAUCCAUCCCGCAACCAAUCGCAACUAUGGCAGAAAACUACAACUCUAUGACGUCGUCGUUGAGUUCGAUGACGCCGACAUGCUUGCAACAAAGGGAUAGUUAUCCAUAUAUGUUCCACGAUCCACUGUCCCUGGGAUCUCCCUAUGCGGCCCAUCCACGGAACACCGCCUGCAAUCCUGCAGCCGCUCAUCAACAGCCGCCACAACAUGGAGUUUACGGCAACGGCUCGGCAGUUGGCACAGCCAAUACAGGUGUAAUAUCUGCGGGCGUUUCGGUACCUGUACAAAUAUCGACACAAAAUGUCUCCGAUUUGGCAGGCAGCAAUUAUUGGCCGAGGCUUCAGUGAUCUUCAAUCUUUAAUUUGCC